CCCCACCCUCGAGUUCUCGAAGCUCGCGCGACCGAAGCCCGAAUUCUAUACGUACGCGGAAUAAAACUUCCAUUCGAUUCCAUCGCGAACGCGCUCCGUCGAAUUGUACGUUGCACCGAUAUAUCGGACUCGGAGACUCGGCAGAAAAUCGAGUGUCCGCGCGCGAUUCGCUGUGAAAGUGCCACCGAAGCGAGCGUCUACCAAAUUCCGUCGAAAGAGUAUAUCGAACGAUUCUCCGGUUCGUAUCUGUCUCUCGCUUUCGAAAGCCGUCGACGUCUCCGAUCCGAUUAGCCGCGGUUAUCGAUUAGGGUGGUUCAAAUUCGGCCCGCCUCCUCAGAUAUUUUCGAGCGAUAUCGUCCGAUGACGCUCGCUCAAUUCCGCGCGCCGAUAAAUGAAAAUUUGCUGGGCGGUGAAAAAUGGUCGCGGACACGUACCGUGGACGUGCCCAAUCGGCUUUCGAUUCUACGCGAUAGUUCUCUGACGAAUUCCAUUGCAGCCGACGCGGCGGCCACUGCAGCUACCAUGAACAUCGAUGAGUUCCAAGUACGCGGCAAGCAGAUGAUCGAGUACAUCUGCGAGUACCUGCGCACCCUCGAGGGCAAGAGGGUGACGGCGAACGUGGACCCGGGCUAUCUGAGGCCUCUGCUGCCAAAAGAGGCGCCGGCGAAGGGAGAGUCUUGGGACGCCAUAAUGCGGGACGUCGAAUGCAAGAUCAUGCCCGGGAUCACCCACUGGCAGCAUCCGCGGUUCCACGCUUACUUUCCGGCGGGGAACUCGUUCCCCUCGAUCCUCGGGGACAUGCUGUCGGACGCGAUCGGUUGCAUCGGCUUCUCCUGGGCAGCCAGUCCCGCCUGCACCGAGCUCGAGACGAUCGUCCUCGAUUGGUACGCGAAGGCGAUGGACCUUCCGAAGGAGUUCCUGUCGGAGCACAAGUCGUCGAAGGGUGGCGGCGUGAUACAAGGCUCCGCCUCGGAGUGCAUUCUGGUGACGAUGCUGGCGGCGCGGACUCGAGCGAUCAGGACCCUGAAAGAGCAGGACCCGAACACCGAGGACUCGGCUUUUCUGCCGCGGCUGGUGGCCUACUGCUCCACGGAGGCGCAUUCCUGCGUGGAGAAGGCGGCGAUGAUCAGCCUGGUGAAGCUCCGGGUGCUGGACCCGGACGAGAAGGGGUCUCUGCGCGGCAAACGGCUCGAGUCCGCCAUCAGGGAGGACGUGGCGAACGGCUUGGUGCCGUUCUUCGUUUCCACCACCUUGGGGACGACCGGGUCUUGCGCGUUCGACAAUCUGGUCGAGAUCGGUCCGGCGUGCAAGCUCUACCCCAACGUUUGGCUGCACGUGGACGGGGCUUACGCCGGGAACGCGUUCAUCUGCCCGGAGAUGAGGCCGCUGAUGGCCGGGAUCCAUCACGCGGACUCGUUCAACACGAACCCGAACAAAUGGCUGCUGGUGAACUUCGACUGCUCGUGUUUAUGGGUGCGGGACAGGGUGAAGCUGACCUCGGCUCUCGUGGUCGACCCGCUCUACCUUCAGCACGCCAGGUCCGGCGAAUCGAUAGACUACCGGCAUUGGGGGAUCCCGUUGAGCAGGCGCUUCCGGGCGUUGAAGCUGUGGUUCGUGAUGAGAUCGUACGGCGUGACCGGCCUGCAGAAAUACAUCAGAAACCACAUCAGACUGGCCAGGCGGUUCGAGACGCUGAUGAGGAAGGACAAGCGGUUCGAGAUCACGAACGACGUGAGAGUCGGCCUGGUCUGCUUCCGGCUGAAGGAGACCGACGAGAUCAACCAGGAGCUGCUGGCCAACAUCAACGCCUCCGGCAGGAUCCACAUGAUCCCGGCCAGGGUGAUGGGCAAGUACAUCCUGCGGUUCUGCGUGAUCAAGGAGAACGCCACCGACGACGACAUCGACUACGCGGUGGACGCGAUCGAGGAGCACGCGACCGAAGUGAUGCUGGCCCACUACGCCGGCACCGAGGACGAGUUCAGGGCCAAGGGACCGAAGAGCCCCGCGGCCCUCGACAAGAAGCUGGUACGGAAGUUCAGCUUCACCAGGAGCGUCACCAGGGACGUCUACAAACGGUCCAUCUCGAAGUCGAGCCUUCACGACGGCGCCACGCCCAUCAUGGUCGUCGACGACAACUCGCAGGUCGACACCAUCGAGGAAGACGUCUUCUGCAACAGCAGGUCGUGACGAUCCCGGCGAUGACGAUAUCCGGACGAUUCGUGAUUUAUCCGAUUCGGGAACACGCCGCCCGUUACCGAACGCGUGGAAUAGAUUCCGCAGCUACGCGAGUAACGUCGUUGCUCUCUCGCAGGCCAACCGGCCGAGUCGUAAGAACGAUCGGGACAAUGCCGGACGAUCCAAGUCGUCGUCCACGAGAGACAAUUGCGUACUCCUUUGACCGUAUUGCCAAAUCGCCCGGCAAUUUUGUGCAACGCCGACAGCGGUGCGAACCUAUUGUUUACGUAUUCCGUUCCGAGAUCGAGCUUGGCGGUUCACCGUUUCACGGUUUACGCAUUUUACGGUUGAUUUUCUGCCGACGUUGGAUCGGCGGGAAACACCUGGUGUACUUGAACAUUUUACUUUGGGAUCCGUGUUAUACGAGCGUGCUCGAAACCGAACGCGUAGUUGCGAAAGGAUAAGACUCUCGCUGUUUUAAAGUACAUCGAUCGAUUCUUGAUGGCUGUCGACGCAACGCAUACCGAAUUGUUUCGUGAACGAAUUAUGCGAGAAUGCGUUAGCGUGAAUACCCGAGUUGAAACUUGAUAUGAAUGACCUAAAAAUUCACGGUUCGAAUUUUUCUCAAUCGAUGAUGUAACUAACUAUAGUCUUAGAUUGUCGCGCACGUUGCGUACCUCGACUUAAGUGUUUCGCGUUUGGAUAUUGGUCCAAAAUCAUAAUAUACCGUUCUAGAUCGUAAGCUGGAGUAUUUAUUUCGUAUGUAAAUCGAAUGUAAUAAAGUUCGAAGUUCGUAAAACAA